CCCUUCAGAUCACUCGUCUCGCUCCACUCCAAAGUCCAGCCCGGCGUUGCACUGCCGCACGCGAGCCGCGGCGGGCAGCUGCUCAGCUCGAACCCCACCGGCACGUGCCGGGAGGCAGGAGCAGCAGCAAGUCGCUCGUGUCGCCGUCCACCGCGAGAUGGCUCUCCUGCUGAGCUGCGGCGUCGCGCCGGCCGUAGCACGCGCGGGCCCGGCGCUCCGGCCGCCCGCGGGGCUGCUCCCGCCGCGCCGGCGGCCGGCCCGGCUCGUGGCGGUCGCCUCGGUGGCGCCUUCCUCCACGCCGUCCGGCGAGGUGGCGUCGCGAGCCCGCGACUACGGGGUCGCGGGCGGGACCAACGGCACCGUCACGCCCACUGCCAAGGCCACCGCCAUCGAGACUACCGUCGAGAGGGUGAUCUUUGAUUUCCGGUUCCUGGCCCUCCUCGCGAUCGCCGGGUCGCUGGCCGGCUCCCUGCUGUGCUUCCUCAACGGCUGUGUCUUCAUCAAAGAGGCGUACCAAGUUUAUUGGUCGAGCUGUGUCAAGGGAAUUCAUUCGGGGCAGAUGGUUCUCAAAGUCGUCGAGGCCAUCGAUGUGUAUCUUGCUGGAACAGUCAUGCUGAUAUUUGGGAUGGGUCUUUACGGGCUGUUCAUCAGCAAUACUUCCACCGAUGUGCCUUCAGAAUCAGAUCGUGCCCUCAGGGGAUCAUCGCUGUUUGGGAUGUUUGCUUUGAAGGAACGGCCAAAGUGGAUGAAGAUCACAUCCCUCGACGAGCUCAAGACGAAAGUUGGGCAUGUCAUUGUGAUGAUUCUGCUGGUGAAGAUGUUCGAGAGGAGCAAGAUGGUAAAGAUAGCCACAGGGCUAGACCUCCUCAGCUACGCCAUGUGCAUCUUCUUGUCGUCGGCUUCUCUCUACAUCCUGCACAAUCUCCACAAGGGCGACCACGAGGAGGGUGCAAUCCCACAUUUAAUUGUUUAUCUCACAGGUACAGCCUCUGACUGCUGCAAAGUCACAGGCUUCCAUUAACAACACAAGAGAUAUUUGCCGCUUGGUUCUGCUGCCAUGUGGCCCCUGGACCCACAUGUCAGUUUGCAAGGGGAUGGCGGAUAUUGCAGGCUCUUCUGUCUCCGGACAUAGUCAGCUAUACACUCAACAUUUCUUCUUGUUUCCAUUCUCAAAACCUUUCUUCCCAUCUGUUUUCUUUGCUCAGCAUUUUGCAAUUUGAGGAAAUUGUCUGUACAUGGUAUCUACAUUGGGUUUGGCCUAUUGUGGACAACGGCCUUGUUGGAGCCGUAAUGGAGCGAGCUUCCAACUUGGUCACUUUGACAGAGAGAACAGCAUUGCAAGAAGCGCAGCGCAAUCAGUACUCCGAGUAUUUCAGGAUGAACAUGAGGCGGUUCUGAAUAA